UGCCAUUGGAACUAUUUUGUCCAAUCAAGAGCAUCACUUCCAGUUGAAACCAUGUUGCACCACACCGCCGGCCGUGUUGGCCUCCGCCGAAGUGUCUUGUACGUCCCAGGUAUCAAUCAGCGAGCAUUGGAUAAACUAUAUGGUCUCCCUUGCGAUGCCGCUAUCCUGGACUUGGAAGACGCCGUGUCGCCGUUCAAGAAGGCUGAAGCGAGGGCCCUGGCGUGCGAGGCCGCGCGCAAGGGUUUUGGCGACCACAAAGAGAUUGCUAUCCGCAUCAACUCCCUGUCCACCGACUGGGGUCGCGACGACCUGGCACAAGUCGUGUCCUCUGGAGCGCAUGCCGUGGUGAUUCCGAAGGUGGACUCCGCCAACACAUUGCAGGAAGUGGCAUCCAUCAUGGACUCCCUUAACGCGCCACACCACAUGUCCAUCUGGGCCAUGAUCGAGACCCCGCUGGGGGUGCUCAACCUGUCGACAAUCCUUGCGACCGCCCAUCCGCGUCUGUCGUGUCUGGUUGCCGGCACGUCGGACUUGAGCAAGGAACUCCAAUGCGCCACGACGCCAUGUCGCCAUGCGUUGGUGCCGAGUCUGGCGUGGAUCGUCUUGGCAGCCCGAGCGCAUGGCUUGACUGCACUGGACGGCGUGCACUUGGACUUGGACAACGACACGGACUUUGCGUGGCAGUUGGCUCAAGGCAAAGAGCUCGGGUUCGACGGCAAAACGCUGAUCCAUCCCAAAACGAUCUUGCCGACGAACGCGGCGUUUUCGCCAUCGCCCGAGGAAGUGCAAGAUGCACAUGCGAUCAUUCGUGCCUUUCAAGAUGCUGUGGAGAAAGGCAGUGGCGUCGCGCUGUACAAGGGCAAACUCGUGGAGAAUUUACACGUCGAACUUGCCCGGAACGUGCUGGCCAAAGCACAACACAUCGACGUGUCGUCGUAAAGACUGCGACACCGUCGUCACACACUUUGAUGAUUACUCCGGAGUAAUGACGUUAGAUCUUUAAAUGACCUUGGAAAGGAGGUUAGACUUCACAAAACUAUGGUAAACGAGGUUUCAUUACAUAUCGUACAGCAAAUGGUACACAGUCACAAGCCCCGGUACGAUGGGCUCUUCGUUGUUGUCGACAGGUUGGUCUUCACUGGUAUCGCCGCUUUCUGUCUCUGGGGAGCGCGAGUCAUGCUUACUUCCUCGCCAAGAGACAGCGUUCGAUCGCGUGGGGUUCAGCGGCAUGGUCUUCCACGACGACGGCGACGCAAUGGGAGGCAGUGACAUCAUGUGGGACGAGUACGAUGAUCGGGGAUGAUGGGGCCAGGAAACAUCGACAUCCGUGGACGACGGCGGCUCGUGCACGGGGGUGGUGGGGAAGGCGUCAUCAUCCAGCGCUGCCGCGGUCGCGCUGCGCUUCCGCCUUCCGUACGUUGCGUGAGGGGAUGUAGACUUCUCUUCGACGUCGCCAUCUUGGCUAAACGACAAGAGAGAAUGCAAACGUAAGCUGGACGUGUGCAUCUCGUCGGCGGAGCAGUGCCGAUGGAGGUCGUCCUGCUCCGCCUCGUUGUUGCUGUCGUCGUGGGAGUCAUGAUGCACUGCUGAAGGACUGGAUGGAAACUCUAGCGGGGCGGCGCCCAGCAUGGUCAUAAGCUCCUGGUCUAGAGUAGAGGCAACUGCUGCUGGUUGGGGAAGUAGUUCCAACCGGCUGUAGAUGCACUCGAGGAAUUCCACCACAUGCCACUGUUUUUCCCGCAUCGCGACUUCGAGAGGCGUCAAGUCACUGGCAUCCACAAGAUCCACGCGAACAUCAAAGUCCAUGAGCCGCUUCAGGAAGACGAGAUGGCCGCCGAAUGCUGCCUGGUGUGCAAUGCUCACGCCUCGCAGACUGCACUUGUUCAAGUCCGCUCCAAGGGCAUGUAGCACCUCCAGUACCUGCACGCGCCCAUUUCGAGCGGCCUGGUGGGCGGCCGUGUGUCCGUUCGAGUCGGUCGCAUUGAUGUCGGCUCCGUUCAUGAUCAAGGACGCCACCAAGUCGUGUCGACCUUUUCGUGCUGCCCGCUGCAGCAGCUGCAGGUCCUCGAUCGACGACGUUGGACUCGCAUUGUCAGUGGUUGGUGUAGAGGUGGCGUGCCCUCGGCGAUGGUGGCGGUGGACGGAUGUAGGGUGCAUGUACAGUGUGGAGCAGUUAGGGACUAAGUCUGACCAAGAUCUUUGUCUCUGAAC